AUGGGGUAUGCGUUAACGGGAUAUCCAAGUCGAUCAGAUAAGCGUAGAAGACAGAGCCAGUAUCGUUUUUGUGCGUAUGAAGAUGACAGGCGUAGACCAAAAGGCAAGGCAAGGGCCAGGAGGAAGGGGACCGUGGAAGCGAAUGGCAGGGUGGCUCAGAUGAAGACUCCACCUUCGAGUUUACAGGAGCUUCCAGUGGAGGUGCUGGAGCGAAUAUUUGUGCUUUCGCGGGAUUUGACGCUGAUGCCCGCUCUGAAUAGCUACUUUUACCACAAUUUGAAGCCCUCUUCGCAUCUGCUGCGCAAGUUUAUGUGGGAAAUUUACAGUUUUGACUAUUAUGACUACGAGGCUUCCGUGCUGCGUGGAAAGCUCUCAAAUUUUAAUGAAAACGAGGUCUUCCUCAUCGACAGCAUCUUUGAUAACAGGACUUUCUUCGAAUUCUACAGAGACAACUACGCUGAGCUGUCGAAACGAGUUCGCGGCUAUAUUCCACGUUAUUGUUUGGAGGCAGACUUCUCGAUGAGCCACCCAGACGUGCCAGGAUACGAUUUUCCAGAGAGAUUCUACACCGAGUUCGACCACUUGUUUCUACAUAAAGAAAUGAUGAAUGAUUUGGGUAACACAUUCACAUUUGAACGAGUUUCGGAGGUCAUCGAAGGCCUCUUGGAGUGGCUGUUCACGGAGUUUCCCCCAUAUGUCAAGAAUUAUGAUCAGAUUCAUGAGGCGAUCGUCCUCGUCCUGGAUUUGGGAUUCCCAGACUAUGUAGAUGCGCCAGCUGGUCCUUUGUUCGCCCUGUUACACGCAGUCUUUGAGAAUAAAGAUCCGCAAGGACUGCGGGCAUUCGCGGAUAGGCUCUGCGAGGAGGAAGUGGAGGACAGCAGGAUCAAGCUUCUAGAAUCCUUCCUGACGAGAUGGUACGCAGAAGGAGAGAGCCGUGACUGUUUGUCCGAUCCAAUGCUUUGGGCUGAACUACGCCGACUAUCUAACAUGGCGGUGGUUGAAGCGAUCGAGAGGUGUGGGGGCGAACCCCAGUAUGACAUUUUCUUCUAA